GGCCUGAUUCCCUCCCCCUCGCCGCCGCCGGAGGGAGGCGGUCAAACGAUGCUAUCCCUCCCCCCGCGCCGCCACCUCCUCCGCCGCCUCUGGCCUCGCCGGAACCCUACCCUCCUUCGCCUCUCCCUCGGCGCCCACGCCGCCGCCCUCUCCACCGCCCAUACCGCCGCCUCCGCCGGCGCCCGCGCCGCCGGCACUCCCAUUUCCCACCUCCUGCGGACCCUCCGCUCCCUACACGCUGUCGACCCCGACCACCUCCUCUCCCACCCCCUCCCCUCCUCCGCCCACGUCUGCCUCGCCGCUCACCUCGCCGCCCGCGCCCGCCUCUUCGCGCACUCCCGCCGCCUCCUCGCCCGCCUGCUCGGCGUCGGCCACCGGCCCCACCUCGCCGCCUCGCUCGUCGACCUUCUCCACCGCGCGGCACUCGCGCUGGGGCCUCGCCGCAGCGCGCUCCCCUCCGUCGUCGACACCCUCCUCUCCCUGCUAGCCGACCGCGGCCUCCUCGACGACGCCGUCCGCGCGUUUGCCCGCGUGCGGGAGCUGCGCGUGCCACCGAACACCCGCACCUGCAACCACAUUCUCCUAAGCCUUGCCCGCGACCGCCGCGGCGGGCUCGUCAAGCGGCUCUUCGACCAGCUGCCUGCGCCCAACGUGUUCACGUUCAACAUCGUGAUUGAUUUCCUGUGCAAGGAGGGGGAGCUUGCAGAGGCAAGGGCACUGUUUCUUAGGAUGAAGGUGAUGGGCUGCUCGCCUGACGUCGUCACUUACAAUUCUUUGAUUGAUGGGUAUGGCAAGUGCGGGGAGCUGGAGGAGGUGGAGCAGCUGGUGGGGGAGAUGAGGAAGUCUGGGUGUGCAGCUGAUGUUGUGACGUACAAUGCAUUAGUCGAUUGCUUCUGCAAGUUUGGGAGGAUGGAGAAGGCGUACAGCUACUUUGGAGAGAUGAAGAAGCAGGGAGUGAUGGCAAAUGUAGUUACAUUUAGCACUUUUGUCGAUGCAUUUUGCAAAGAGGGUUUGGUCCGGGAGGCAAUGAAACUGUUUGCACAGAUGAGGGUGAGGGGGAUGAUGCCCAAUGAGUUCACUUAUACUUCGUUAGUCGAUGGAACUUGCAAGGCAGGGAGGCUUGAUGAUGCCAUUGUAUUGCUUGACGAAAUGGUGCAUCAGGGGGUAGCACCAAAUGUGGUCACAUACGCUGUGCUGGUCGAUGGCCUUUGCAAAGAGGGUAAGGUUGCUGAAGCGGAUGGUGUUUUGAGGCUGAUGGAGAGAGCUGGUGUUAAAGCCAAUGAAUUGCUGUACACUACACUGAUCCAUGGGCACUUCAUGAAUAAGAAUGGCGAGAGAGCUUUGGAUUUGUUGAGUGAGAUGAAGAACAAAGGAAUGGAACUUGAUGUUUCACUCUAUGGUACCCUCAUUUGGGGUCUCUGUAAUGUUCAAAAGGUGGAUGAAGCUAAGAAUCUGUUACAUAAAAUGGCUGGCUGCGGUUUGAAACCUAAUAAUGUCAUCUAUACGACAAUAAUGGAUGCUUGCUUUAAAGCAGGAAAAGAGUCAGAGGCCAUUGCCCUGCUCCACGAGAUGCUGAAUUCUGGGUUCCAGCCUAAUGUUGUAACUUACUGUGCAUUAAUCGAUGGAUUGUGCAAAGCAGGAUCAAUUGCUGAGGCAGUCUUCCAUUUUAACAAAAUGAGAGACUUAGGUCUAGAUCCAAAUGUACAGGCUUACACCGCCCUAAUUGAUGGUUUUUGCAAGAAUGGCUCCUUGGAUAAGGCUGUGCAGUUGUUGAAUGAAAUGGUUGACAAGAGUAUGUCUCUUGACAAAGUUGUAUACACUUCUCUUAUUGAUGGGUACCUGAAGCAGGGAAAUCUCCAGGAUGCCUUUGCGCUCAAGGCCAAGAUGAUCGAAAGUGGUUUGCAACUUGACCUUUAUACCUACACUUGCUUUAUUUGGGGCUUCUGUAAUAUGAAUAUGAUGCAAGAGGCUAGAGAAGUUCUUUCAGAAAUGAUUCAAAACGGUAUUACUCCCGAUAAGACAGUUUAUAACUGUCUGAUAAGCAAAUACCAGAAAUUGGGGAACAUGGAGGAAGCAUCAAGUCUUCAGAAUGAAAUGAAUAGUAUUUUAAUAUCUUGUACAAAAGAUGAUACUGCUUCUGGUGGUGAAACCUGAGCUUGUGCUUGUACAAGGUAUAAAGGGCUAUUCUUUUCUUUUGAGUGUCAACAUUCCUGCAAUUGGACAACAUAGACAUCAUCACUAAACCGAAACUUCCCUCGCAGCAUGAAAGCAUAUGUCACUGCGUGAUUCAGUAUGCUUCUGAUAUUUUUAUCUCAGUCAAGUUACUUAACAAUCUUCAUUGGAUCCAAAGUUGAAAAGGCAGGACAAAUACUCCUGUUAUCUUGGAUACAGAACCUAGCAAACAAACGAGGGGAUUUCGCUGGAGUGAAAGGAGGAACUCAAGUUUUGAAAUGCUUCCAUGGUUGAUAUCAUGUACCAUACUUCCACUGAUACUGAUGUCGAUAUCAGAUGAUUGAGUAUGUGAAGCAUCUAUGGGAGUCCACUGAAGUAAUUUUAAUCUAGUGGCACAUGUCAUAGGUAAAGAAUAUGGAUUCAGUUUUCCUAUGGCCCCAUGAGGACCUCAGUGUAAUUUGGUGCAAUCAAAAGAUGUCAGUUGAUUAAUGGACUGUAUGCAUAAGAAUCCUUUCCUCAUGUUAAUAAGGAAGUCCCACACAAACCUAAUGAAGAAGUAGACUUUGCACCUCCUUGUCUCCUGUCACAUGUUCAUCCUUCCAUUGAGAUCCAACAUUCCUAAUUGAACUGAUGGAUGCAGCAUCAGAAACGGCAGAGAGCUAGAAGAUAACACCAUAUUCUUCUGCCAUCUGCUAUUGGGCAACCUGAAAAUAUUUUCAAGAGUGUGCAUAUGAUGUUCAAAGGAAAUCAGUACUUCUAGCACCUUUUUGUGAGAUGACAAGCUUUUCCUGAUAGUAUGUACUUUACACUAGAAAUAUGUUUGACUCAGUCAGAUCCACGCAAGCAAAUACUGAUUAUGAAUUAAGGCAGGAUGCUUUGGAAGUUUGCCGUUCCCAAUAAGAUGCUACAAAGUGUUAUAAUUUUACAUGGAUCAAAAUGGUGAAGGUGUAUCUCACUUGUGGAAGGAUGGACAGCUCAGAUUUAUGUUGGCAACAGGAUAAGCCUAUCAGGAAGAAUAUCAUAGAGGCCACAAAUUCGACCAGCAUAAUUUUUCAUCUUGAUGUUUGUUACAUAUGGCCUGUAAAUUUGAUCAGGAUCAUUCCUUCACGCCAACCAUCAGCAAUCUCGUGCUUGCUCAGGACACAGGAGCACUGUGCUUUAAGGAAGGAAACAUAUUACGUGAUGCUUGAUAGUGAUGACAAACUGGAGAUGAGAUUGAAAUAUAUGUUCAGAAGAAGAAUUGUGUCUUUUGGUGAUUAAAAAGAAGAGCAAGGGUAUCGUGGGGACUGGCAUACUUAUUCCUGCAGGCUGGAGAGCAUGGUGAAGCCAGUUUUUGUAGGCUGCCAUCUCAGUCAGAUAGUUGUUGUUCUGAAUAACUUGUCACAAACAUUACACAGAUCGUGUGAAAACAGAGACACAUGGAAUCUGAACACAGAUAGGUCUAGAUAUCUUCAAAUAUCAGUUUUGCACAUAGAUUAAAGACCUGCAUAGAGAUUCCGAACUAUUUUUUCAUUAUGUGAUUUAUUCAUUUUCCACUGACCUGCGAUGUCGCAAAUUGAACUAUUGAUUGAUUUGUUCCUUUUUGCA